CAAGCGCAUCAGUCACCUGCCAUGGCUACGAAGGAACACCAGACAAACUCCGACGAACACCGGGUCCACGCGUUGGGCGUGAGGCACCUUCAGGCCCUGCUGCUAUGCAUCGCACACGUGCUGGUCUUCUGCUUGCGGACCGACAUGUCGGUGGCGGUCGUUGUCAUGGCCAACAACACCGCUGGCAACCCUAACAUCAAGGAUUACGGCUGGAGCCAAUCUGAGACGAGCACCAUCCUGAGCUCCUUCUUCUGGGGCUAUGUGGUGAUGUUGGCACCUGCCGGGUGGGUGGCGGACAGGUUCGAUGCGAAGAACUUGUUGUCGGCCUCUCUCAUCCUCUCUGGUGUCCUCACCAUGCUCACAGAGGUGGCUGCAGACACUGGCGGUGUGGUGCUCGUCUGUGCGUUCAGAGUAGUCAUGGGUCUCACUCAGGGUUUCGUAUACCCAUGCACACAUUCCUUGCUGGCAAAAUGGAUCCCGCCCAAAGAAAAUUAUGUUUUGGGAACCGCUGUUUACACAGGCGAUCAAAUGGGCACAGUAGCAGCACUGAUAAUAUCAGGAGCAUUAGCUCAGAGUGCUCUUGGGUGGCCAUCUAUCUUCUACUUCUUUGGUGGACUUUCCAUUCUUUGGGGAGUGAUCUUAUUCUGGCUUGGAGGGAAUACCCCAUCUGGACACAAGCAUAUUUCCAGAGCAGAACUUACUUAUAUUGAAGAAUCUCGGAAGGAUGUCUCACGUGAAAGAAAGAAGUUUCCAACGCCGUGGGUAUCAAUUUUCACAUCACUGCCCGUAUUCGCUCUCGCAGUAGCCACUAUGACGCAGUGCUGGGGAUUCUACACGCUCUUGACAGAGACACCAACGUAUCUCAGUAAUGUUCUUGGAUUUGACAUUGCAUCUAACGGGCUACUUUCUGCACUGCCGUACGUCGUUAACUGUGUCCUGAGUCUUUCCUUCAGCUGGAUCGUCAACAGCGUACAGAAGAAGUUAAUAUUCAGCAAGGGGGCCUUAAGGAAGGUGGCCAAUUCCAUUGCUUCCUGGCUGCCAGCGGCGACUUUAGUAGCCCUCAGCUUCAUCCCCGUGGAGGACCCAACGGCAGCUGUGAUUUUGCUGACCGUCGCCAUCGGUUUUAAUGGUAUGACCAUCAUGGGCUACCAGAUGAACCAUAUUGACAUCGCACCAAACUUCUCUGGCCUGAUGAUUGGUAUCUGUGGCAGUAUAGGGACACUGACGUCCAUCGCUGCACCACUUUAUGUGGGGGCUGUAGUCAAGGAUAACACCAUUCAAGAGUGGAGAAUUGUGUUCCUCACGGCAGCUGGAGUCUUCUUCGUGGGCAAUCUGAUUUUCGUUAUUUUCGCUGAUGGUGAAGUUCAACCUUGGAACGCCCCUAACUAUUUGAGAGGAAAGAAAAAAGAAAGUACAGAAAAGGUUGCAGCUUGAGCCACUCUAAGUGACGCCAGUAGCCAAUUGGAAUACAGUGAGAGAAACACACGUUUCUUCACAAUAAAGCUUUUCACAUAAAGAAGACACAGGGAAGGACAACUUUGCGAAACAUACACCUUUUCUGCAGCUUGAGUAACAUGCCAAAGUCACUUGGAAGAAAUAUAUUUUAUUUUAUUCCUUACCAUUUCCUUAC